CAGCAGUGACGGCUGUGAUGAAAAUGGAGUAGGUGUAGAGAUGGUACCUUCUAUUCUGUGUGCGUGGUCCACUGCAAAGUCCACUGCAUCAUUGCAGUCUCUCUCGCAGAUGGACGUCAUAAAACGACAAUGUUAGUCGUAUCUAGAUUAGAAAAACACAUUCGCACGAACCGGACGGUAAUUCUAUUGUUCAAAAAUAGAUAAAUGGCGGGUGUGCUCUUGUGCUGCCCAUGACAGUGGUUCCAGUCGCUCUGAGACUGAGGUAAUGAGCGUUUAUGACGUUGAGCUUUAAUUAAUUAAGAAGUGUGGUGGGAAUGGAGGUGCUUAAGACUACUCAAGAGAUCGUCCACGAAGGAUGGCUCAUCAAGUCACCGCCUACGAAAAUCUGGCGAGCCCGCUGGAGAAAGCGGUGGUUUGCUUUACGCCAUAGUGGGGAAUUACCCGGACAAUACUUUUUAGAGUAUUACACAGACAAAAGAUGCCGUAAGCGCAAAGGUCAAAUCGAUCUGGAUCAGUGUGAACAGGUGGAUGCUGGGUUGAGAUUUGAGAAUCGCAAGCAGAAAUAUCAGUUCAUGUUCAACGUCAAAACGCCAAAAAGGACGUAUUAUUUGGUAGCAGAAAAUGAGGCUGAAAUGAACAAAUGGGUGAACGCGGUUUGUCAAGUUUGUGGAUUAAAAGCGUACCCACAGGACGAAGAACAGCAAUGCCAGAUGUUUCAGUUUGAAUCCCAAGAAUCGCCUCCAAUUUCUCCAACCAGUACGAUUUCUGGUCCCUACAUUCCCAUCAGCGAAUGCAUAUCGGGUCGUCGUCUGAACGACACCAGCUCUCUAAAUUCCACUCUUGGUCAGAGUGCUGAACAGUACGAUGCUCCAAGAAGAAUAGCUCCAUCUCCUCCUAGGUCUCCAACAACCACCGACGCCGAGAGCGUCUUUACUGAUGAUGAAUGGGCUGCUCCUGUACCUAGCGUUAACUGGGAAACAUUUCCUUCCUGUGGAGACCUUAAACCUUCCCAGAGCCCAAGUGACGCAGAAAUAGGCUCAUGGAGCGUGAGAAAAAGAUUUGGUAAGCUGAGAAUCGUCGAUUCUGCCGCUCCUCCCGUAACCGAAGAGCUGCCAGCUCCACCAAGGCCGCCGAAACCGCCUCACAUGUUGCCAGAUAAUCCUGGCCACAACUACCUGAAUCUGGAUGGCGCGACUGAAAGUUCGAAACCAACGACUCCUGCCACUCCAGCGCCAUCGACGCCUGCAACUGCGAUUAUAACUGACGAAACUUACGAGUUUCCAAAAUCUUCGCAGGGUUCUUCGGGAAUAGAAGCCGGCACUAGUGGACGAAAGUGUUUCUAUUCAAAUGCCACGCCAUCGGCGGUGGACGAUCGCAUAUUUCGCUACGAUUUUCAUGAAGAUGUCGUCGAGCCUUCGAGUCCUCGAUCGGAAAGUUCAACUACAGCGACAUACUCGAAUCUCCCGAGUCCAUUGUUAAAGGACUGUUCGAGUUUAGUGCCUACUACGUUGGCUCCACCACCACCUCUAGUUAACAGGGGACUCAAGCCUGGCAGGAAAAUGAGUGACUCAACAUCUGUCAUCAGCAAUGAACCUUCUCCGGGACUAGCAGGAUCUGUCCCAGAUGUUAAUUCGACGGAACAUUCACCCGCUGAGCCACCGAGUAUUAACAGAAAACUUAAGCCGCCUUUGAAUAGGCCACCUGUCGAAGUAAAUACUGUGGCUUUGCAACUUGCUUCCCCACCAGGCAGAGGAAGAUUAAGAGCAGCUCCUAGUCCCACGCCCACUACGAAUACGCAUUCGAAUCGUCAUCAGUCGACGUCUGACGAAGAUAACAAUGGACAUGAGGAAAAUGAGGAGAUUUAUUACUACCAAGAUCAAAAUUCGUUUAUACCAGCGACAAAACGAAGUCUGGUCGUUUUGCAGUAUCUUGAUCUGGAUUUGCAGGCAACCGAAAAUUUCGCAUCUUCGACCAUGCCGACGGCACAAUCACCACAAAGUACUGUCUACAAGACAGUAGAUUUUCUCAAAACUGAAGCAUUUAAUCGAACUCGACAGCGAGUUGAAGAGGAGAGAAAACUGUGUACUGACGAUCUUACCUAAAGUAAGCCUUUUUAAUCUUGUCGAUCUUAGACUUCAUUUAGGACUUUCAUAUCAGAAACGUAUCUAGAGAGAGAAAAACUAAUUAAAUAGAUAUUAACCUAUUCAUGUAGCACUCUGUGAAUAUUUAUCUCUUAACUGUAUUGCAUUUUUACAUCGUAGCACUCUCUCGAAUCAAGUACAAAGACUAAUCCAAUUCGGUCUAUUUUUAUAUUCGAGGAAGAAGUUUCAACCCUUAUGAAAGCAUAUUCUUCAUAGAAAAAGGUGUUCCUUUACUUACCUUUACUCGACAAAUUAGAGUAAUUUUAUGACUGGGCUCAAAUGCGCACAAGUCGCGUUUAUAAGAUUUUUUCUGAUCUUCUUUUAUAGAUAGGAUUUAAUUUUAUAUUGUAUAUUUUUAGAAUAUUAUUCUAGUUCAAUUUUGCAAUGAAAUUGAGCUGAUUUUACUGUAAUGAAAGAUUUGCUUGGAUUUUUUUUUUUUUUUUUUUUUGGAGAAAGGAGAUAUAAGGGUUGAAAUAAGCCGUAAUAUUUGGAAAGGAAAUUUUUCAGAAAUUUUCAUAUCAGACCUAUCGUAUUUGGUCUGAUUCUCUGCAUAUGAUUUUGAUAAAAGAGUUGUCCUAAAUUAGUGUUGCUAAGAAUUUUUUAAGAAUGAAUAGCAAUAUCAUAAUGGACCAAAAAUAUAAUGUUAAUAUUAAGAAUCAGAAAGUCGUCGAGGCGAGUGUCAGAGGAGUAUUUUAUUAAGUAUUUAUCGUAUCGCCCUAAGGACUUAGACCAAAAUAAUUGUUGUGAAAUGAAUAUCGAGGUGCAAAAUAGGUGAAUUGAUUUGUCUGUAACAGAGCAACAAAUUACAAAAUUUACAAGUGAUCCUAAUUACUCCUAAUGAUUUUUAAUAUCGUAUACAACACUAGGAUAGUAUAUGUUAAUGUGCCUGAUAACGGAGGGCGCUUUUAUUUUUGAGGUGAUUUCACCCAACUAGUGCGCACUUGUUACAGGAUUGUAAAUCAUAUGUACAGUAUUACAAAUUGUUCGAAUAAUUCUUAAUUCUUACCAAUAUCUUAAGAUAUUUUAUACCACAAAGUACUCUUCUGUUGAGAUUAGACUUCUUAAUAUGUUUAUAAUCACUGAUUAAUGAAAUUUAGUUGUCAAAUUAAAUCACUAAAUAUUGUAAAUACGUAUACAUAAAUUAAGAGUAAGUAGAAAGAAAUUUAUGUUACUGCGAGAGCUAGAGAUUUUAUUGAAUUUAAUGAGAAAACAAUCGUUUUUAUAACUCGAUUUUACAUCGUUUCUUCAUCUUUCACAGAAAUUGCUUGCUCCGGUUUAGAUUGUAAAUUAUAAUUGAAAUUUGAAUGUCAUUUUCUUCAAGCAACGUCUGAAUUUAGGAAUGUUUUACUUUUGUCGAUUGUCUUUUUAUUUUCUUAUUAAACAGAAUAAA